UUCACUUUGGCUUUCAUGUCGGACAUCACAAGUGCUCUCCUGGCGCUGGCCUCGCUCCUCGUGCUCGUGCUGGUCUGGUCGAAGCCGAGCGUCCGCAGCAACAUCCCGCUUGUCUCGUACUGGAUCCCAUUUCUCGGGUCCUCGCUCGCGUUUUCCAAGGACCCAAUCGCAUUUCUCAACCAGUGUCAAGCCACGCACGGCAGCGUCUUCACCGUGCUUCUCGCCGGGAAGCGCAUGACGUUCUUCACGUCGCCAAAGCACUACGCCACGAUCCUUAAGUCCAAGACGCUGAGCCACAAGCCCGUCUUUUCCGAGAUCGAGCAAGUUGCAUUUGGCCAAGACCCAACGUUUACGCACUACCGCAACGACCUGCGCAAGACCGACGCGAACCUCACACGCUUCAAUGCGCUGCCGACACCGUACUUGGCCAACCGCGGCGCCGUCGUCGACCUCAUUCAGCGCACGUUCGGCUGCCAGCGCGCCGUCUUGGCCACGCUUGCACCACAAACACAUAUUGUGUCGCUUUUGACGCUCGUGGAGCACGCGAUCUUUGCGUCGGGGUCGGCCGCCAUGUUUGGCGAGACCGUCCUCGCAGCGCACCCGUGCAUGGCCGAUGAUUUUCUGGCCUUUGACGCAGCCUUUCCGCUCCUCGUCGCUGGCUGCGUUCCGUCUGUGUUUCUCUCCAAGGCCAUGGCGAGCCGACAACGCCUCAUUGAUGCCUUCAAAGCCGCACCGUUGACGGACGGCGCGCCAUUGGUGCAGGCGCGAGCGGCGGCGCUUCCGACGCUGGCGUGCGGCAGUGCGACCGACCGUGCAAGUUGCCACCUCGAAAUUCUCUGGGCCGCCAGCGCCAAUUCGAUUCCGACAGCGUUCUGGGCGCUCUUUCAUUUGCUCGCAACCCCCGCAGCGCUGACGGCUGUUCGAGAUGAAAUUGAUGCGCACUUGGACAAGACGCCGCUCGCUGACACUGCGGCAGCGCCGUGGACCCAAGAGAUGCUGCAAAAGUGCGUGCUUUUAGACAGCACAAUCGACGAGUGCUUGCGCCUCGCUGCGUCGUCGAUGCUCCUUCGGGUGGCGGUCGAGCCCACGGACAUGGUCCUGGACAAGACGACAUAUCAUUUCGAGAAAGGCGACCGCAUCGCAAUCUUUCCGAGUCUCGGACACUUUGACCCAACCCUUUUCCCCGACCCGACCCGAUUCCAGUACGACCGCUUUGUGCACGCGACAAAAGCGCAGCUGGAGGCGUUCAAACCGUUUGGCAUGGGCGCCAAUAUGUGCCCCGGCCGGUACUUUGCGAAGAACCAAAUCAAGAUGUGGGUCGCGCUCGUACUGCAGCACCUUCCAUCGCUGCGUCUGGUGCCAGGCUUUGCACCGCCGACAUUCGACCCGUCGCGCCUCGGGUUGGGGGUCAUCCCACCGGCCGAUCACGCGAUUCAUGUCGAGUUUUAGCAUCCAGGACGGAUCCGAGCCGAGUAAUUUCCAUUUACAUAGACUUUUAACGCUCUUUGCGUGACAUCGCGAA